AUGUAUGGUUCAUCCUUCGACGGCCCCAAUAACUCCCCAUCCCGUUCGUAUUACGAAGCGUCAAACGAGGGCAACAAAGUCAACGACGCCCCAAGAUACUAUCCAAGUUCUGCUGAGAUGGAACCCGCGACUCCCUCCUCAAGAUAUACUGCGUUUGAACAACUCCCAGCAAGCCCCCAGUCAUACACACCAAGUACCACGUUCCGUGAUAACGUCGAAUAUGUUCAUUACAAUCUUCCGGCUGGAGCAGACCGAAGCUAUGGUUCGGGUGCGUCUGAUCAUGCAAGACCCCUGCAAGAUUACCGGGGGGACUAUCAAGAAUCGCCAGCCUCCUCUCCAUCCCAAUCCUACUCCAAUCGGGCCGUUAGUUCGCGGUACGAUGGAGAGUGGUCUCCGUAUAAUAACAGCGUCUAUCCUCAAAACCCCUAUGUACCAAACUCUCCAACGAGCGUCGAGGGCGCGACUGCGCAUCCCACCCUUCCUCCUCUCGCAUACCCUCCCGCUUCCACUGGUCAGAUGGGCUCUCAUACAUUUCCUGCCAAACCUCCCACUCCACCUCACGACCAUGGUACAAACCCGACACACCACCCUAUCCAGCCACACCGCUCGAAUUGGAAUACGCUUCCGCCGAUCCAGCCACCUUACAUCCCUUCGCCCACCACAUCGACUACUGUGCAGCUGCAUUUCAAUCAACAACAGCCGCACCACCAACAACGUGGGCAAAGCCCCCAGGACGUCCAUUCUUACAUGGGGGAAAUUUCCCCUCCGUCUAUUCCUGCGUCGUUGAACAGCCCAUCCUCAAUGACCGGAUCUGGAACUUGGUAUUUAACUCCAGCCGUAUUUAACUGGCUAACAGCCGUUCUCGAUCCCAAGCGACGGUCGGACAAAAGUAAACCAACGCCUCAUGGUCAAUGUGAGCUGUGCGACGUUAAAUUUGCUGCAAUCAGCGCCGCAUGGCCUAUCAUCGCUUUCUAUGGAGCAAUUUCCACUUCUUCGGGAGAAGCUGUAUGA